GAUCUCUCGCCGCCUACUCUAUUAGAUGUGAAAAACACGCACCCACAGCUCCAACCAACGAUGUCCGUACACGAUCAAGCUGUGGCAGCAGUCCUAUCGCAACUAGCUCUAGCCGCCGACGGUGCAGUUCUCGGCAUAGCCCUUGCCUACGUCGCCGUUCGGAGCAUUCUCAAGUUCACCGCCAACUCCUCCGCCCUCCACAAAAUCCGAGACGCCCCUUCCGUUCGCGUGUCGGACCUUCGUUCCCUCGUCUCUUUGUCCGGUGACGACGCCGACAAUUCGGACAGAUCUGACGGUGAAAAGCUAGUGAUCGUUCGAGGCGUUGUCGAAGCGAAAUCGGCUGUUGAUGUCAAUUGGAAGAGCUUGAGGCGUAAUGUGCUAAUCUCUAACGAGUCUGGUGAAAAAGGCGUUGUCUUGCUGAGAACGCAAACGUGUAUAUACAACGAGUGGAGGGGCUUUUUUGGAUGGACUUCUGAUCUACGCUCUUUAUUUGGGAGAUCCUGGAAAGAGCAGGGGUCUUCCUCUUUAAGAACGGUUCCAUUUAUUCUUGUUGAAGGUGGAAGGUGGCCCCAAUCUGAUUAUGUGAUUGUGAACAUGGAUGGCUCAAGGCAACCACUACCGCUUACGAUAGUUUAUCAUCACUUGCAGCCCAUUAAUGCUACUCCUUAUACUUUCCUCCAGGCACUUUUUGGUCAUGAAUAUCCUGUUGGACUGCUGGAUGAAGAGAAAAUCCUUCAACUUGGAAAGGAUAUCACUGCAGUUGGCAUGUGCAGUUUGAAAAAUGAAACUCCUGAGAUCAGAUCAUGCAAGGAUCUUCCCUAUUUUUUGUCUGACAUGACUAAGGAUCAGAUGGUGGUGGAUCUUGCCUUCAAGACAAAUGUUUUACUUUGUAGUGGAGUUGUUCUUGGUUCAUUGGCAGUAGGCAUCCUUGGCUAUGCUGCAGUCAGGAACUGGAAUAGAUGGAAAGCAUGGAGACAACUGAGGCAGGUCCAGCAACAAAAUGCUGCUGCUAACAAUGAGGCUGACUCUCAGACUGUAGCAGAGGAUGAGGAAACUGGAGAUGUUCAAGAUGGAGAGUUGUGUGUGAUCUGCCUAAUGAGGAGAAGGCGGUCUGCAUUCAUUCCGUGUGGGCAUCUGGUGUGUUGCCAACGCUGUGCACAAUCAGUUGAACGUGAGGUAGCACCAAAAUGUCCUGUUUGUAGGCAGACUAUCCGGAAUUCUGUGAGGAUUUAUGAUUCUUGAGGAACAGAAAAAUUGCAAUUUCCUUGAGUAGCUGUUUGCGGCCAAGGUGUUCACAGGUUUGGUAAAGCAGUAGAAAACAUUUGUGGUCUUCAACAGUUAUAGGUGAAGCCGUAGCAACAGGAAUGCUACGGACUCCUUUGUGUCAAAAGGAGAUAAUUUUCUCAGUGAUGUCGUUGAGAAGUAUUUGGCGUGGUUAGAAAAUGAAAUUUGGUGUAUAUAUUAUAUAUUUAUUUUAUAUAUCGUGCAGAUUUAUCCUGAUUUCUUCAGAAUCUUGAUGCUCCCCUGAGCAGAUUGAUUUGAGUUCAUUGCUUUUUGG